UUUUUACACUGAACUUACGGUUCCAAGCGAAUCGGAAGGAGGGGAUGGGGUCGUGGCAAACGGGAAGGGGGCUCGGUCGGCGGCCCGCGCCCGGCGCCCCGCCGCCCGGCCGCGCCGCGCUCUCUCCAGGAGGAGCGCGUCGCGUGGCGGGGCGGCGCGGGGCGGCGGCCGCGGGCCGCCGGCGCGGCCCUUACUUCGCCGGCUUGCCGGCCUGCCGUGCCGAUCGCCGCGGGCCCGCCGGCUUGGGCGACGCGGGGGCCUUCUUGGCGGCCGGCUUCUUGGCGGCGGGCUUCUUGGCGGACUUGGCCGCCGGCUUGGGCGCGGGCGCCUUCUUCGGCGUCGCCUUGGGCUUGGCCACGGUCUGCGGGGGCGUGGCGCGUAAGCGUCGGUCGAUCGGUUGCGCGAGCGAGGACGAGGGUACGGCAUCCACGCCAUCGAGCGGGCGCAGUCACGGGGACGCCGACGCGGCGACGGCGUUACAGGGGACGCGGCACACGCGCCUUCUUCUUCGCCGGCGCCUUCUUGGCCGCGGGCUUCUUGGCCGCGGGCUUCUUGGCGCUCUUCUUGGCCGGCGCCGGCUCCUCCUCGGGCUCGGCGCUCUUGAACGGGCUGAUCGACUUGAAGAAGUUGACGAUGGCCGCCAUGGUUGCUCAGUCUGGGUUCGCCGGGUACGGCAACGCGCGACUUAGCCUGCGUGGGUUCCGUCAAGGGUGCUGUCCUGACGGCGGUUUCGUGGUGUUGGGCGCGUGUGUGACGGCGGGCCGUUUCGGGCGCACGCGCUGUUGUGCCGCGGCCCUUGCGGCAGCGCCGCAGCAACGCGGCCCAGCGGUACCGCCGCGGGGCUCGCGCGCGCUCAGUCAACCUCAUUUACGGGUGCUAACUGCAGCCGCCCGCGCAGCGCGUCUAGCACCGUUUGAAGCGCGCCGUCUUCGCGUUGUAUCCAAGCUCUCGUACAGUACGAAGCAUAACAAGGUCGAAACGCGGUCAGGCGACGUUGUGUUGCGGCGUGAAUAGCCAAUUCAG